UCCCAGGUUUCCUACUUUGGGUUUCCAAGAAGCAAGGACCUCCACAAGAAGUGGAUUGUUGCCAUCAAAAGAGACGAAGGGAAGCAUUUCAAGGUUACCCAGUCCACUAAAGUGUGCUCAAAGCACUUCAAGGAAGAACAGUACCUGCCUGGUUAUGUGAAUGGCCGAAGGUUUCUAAAGGAAGGUGUUGUGCCAUCCGUAUUUAGGUUUUCGGUCACUAAAGUGCCUAGAAGGACACUCCACAGAAACGCCACUGCACCACUGAGCAGUCCAGUGAACGUGGCAGCUGCAGUUGGAGAUGAAGCAGGCACACCAAGCUGCGAGGACCAGCUCCCACCAGACCCAAAUGCAUCCCUGCUACCUCAAGAGGAAGUAGCCGAACAAGCUGCCCUGGUUAGACGGCUUACAUCUGACCUUGAGAAGUCUCAGGAAGAGCUCAGUAAAGCUCAAAGAGAAGUUCUGAAACUCAAGAGGCACAUAGAACUUCUAGAAGAAGAGAACAAAAAACUAAAACAGAAAGUAAGCCGCAAGUUUUCCAUCGAGUGCUCUAAGGAUGCCCCAGAGGACGUCCAGUUUUACACGGGACUGCCCGAUUAUGGAACAUUCAUGUUUUUGCUCAAGUUUGUGGACCCAGGCCAGAACGGAGAGAAUGUGAAGCUGUGGUCAGUAUCCUACUCUCAGGACAGCAAGCAAGGUCGGCCCCGAAGCUUGCCCCCUCACGACGAACUCUUCCUUAUCUUGGUUCGCCUGCGCCUUGGACUGUUUGAGAAGGACUUGGCCUUCCGAUUUGGAAUUUCUAUUGGCACGGUUUCGCGCCUGUGCACAACAUGGAUUAGCUACUUAUACAUGCACUUUGCAAGACUAGACUUAUGGGCAACGCGGCAGCAGGUUGAUGAGGACAUGCCACCUGCCUUUAAGGAGAAGUAUCCUACGGCAAGGGUGAUCCUGGAUGCGACAGAAAUCAAGUGCCAGGUGCCCAGCUCACUUGUUCUCCAGUCGGCAAGUUUCUCCACAUACAAGUCUACAAAUACCUUCAAAGGACUUGUAGGCAUCUCUCCAGACGGAGCUGUGACGUUUGUGUCACAGCUUUUUUUAGGCUCGAUGUCCGACAAGGAGUGUGUGAGACAGAGCGGGUUUCUGCAGCUUGCUUUUGACCAGCGUGACUCGGUCAUGGCCGAUAAAGGGUUCCUGAUAUCAGAUCUGCUAACAGAGAUUAAUGUGGAACUCAACAUCCCCCCGUUCCUUGGCCAGGGAACCUUCACAGAGAAUGAGGUGAAGGAAACGGAAAACAUAGCAUCACUGCGAAUACACGUCGAAAGAAGGAUUCAGCGUAUCAAGAGCUUCCACAUCUUUGAUCGUGCAAUCCCACUGUCAUUGGGGCCAGUGGUGAAUGAGAUAUGGACCAUCUGCACGAUUCUAACAAACUUUCAGGGCCCUUUGCUACGCCAGCAAGACAGUGGCAAUGUGGACUAGCAGUGUGUAAACGCCAUGUCCAUGUGUGUUUGGGAGGAUUCUUGCUUGGAUCAAAAAACUUUUAACUUUGUUUCUAUCUGUGCUUUACAUAUGCUCUAAAUCAAGUGUAAUAAA